AUGCCACGUAAAAACUCCAAAACUGCGAAGCCUUCCUUGCUGUUCGUCGAGCCGCCUCUGAGGAGCGCCAAACGUCCAUCUGGUCCUGAGAUCCGGGCUGCCUUGCAUCCCAAAGUGUUCCUCACUAAGACACAAGCAAGCAGCAACCUCACUUCCUGGGUAAUCCCACAGUUUGACACAUCGCUGGAGGGUGCGGUGCCACGGGCAAGACGCGUUCGAAGCACUAAGUGCCACUUGGGCACCAGCAUCCAGGACACUUGCAUCCAGUUGUCCAAGAAAACCACCAGCAAGUUCCCCUCGCUGACAUUUCAAUCAAACGGCCACCAGCAUCCAGCAACGAAGAUUCACAGAAGCCAUGCUGCUGGCUCUGAAGGAAUCCUGCCAAAACAGAAACUCGAUGAUUCCACGAAAGGAGCCUCCAUCCCUGCACCACCUAAAGUGGACACUCCAAAAAUUACACUAGAAGAUGAGCGCACCCCUUCAUCUUCUCCAGCACUCCGGUUCCUCGCCCGCCCGCCCACACCGCCUCGCUGUCAGCCGCCUGACAUGCUGGUGCCCGACACGCCCGAGCAACACUACGGCCUGAAGGUGACAUGGAGGAAGCGGUUGUGGUUUAUGGCUUUGUUGGAGGAAAGAGGACAGCUGAUGGAGUGCCACAAGUUCAUCAACAGCAAAAGUUAG